CUGAUGUAAACACGUGCGUUGUGGAGGCCGCUGCUGCUUGAUGUAGGUGCUGCUUCCUUAAGGUAAAAAUUUUGGGGGCACACGCUAUAGCUGCGCGUAGCCUCGGUGCUCAUCUCCGUGCCAUUAGCUCUUGAGUACACUUGAACAAUGGGUGACUCAGAAGAUUUUGACAAAAAGAAAGGACACAGCAAGCGCCAUGCUGGGCGUAAAGCGGAGAAAAAGGCCACCAAAAACAAACAUGUUCAGGACUUGACAGCUCAGCAGCGUAAUCCUAAAGCCUUUGCCUUCCAGUCCGCUGUCAAAGCUCAAAGAAAAUUUGCAAGGUCUCAAGACAUCAAGUCCAAAAAGCAUCACAUCCCUGUUGUUGACCGGACUCCCGUAGAGCCUCCCCCUGUCAUUGUGGCCGUGGUUGGUGGACCCAAAGUUGGCAAGUCCACACUUCUGCGAUGCUUGAUAAAGAAUUAUACCAAUCAGAGGUUUUCUGAAAUCAAUGGACCUGUCACAGUUGUUGCAGGUAAGAAGAGGAGGUUGACAUUCAUAGAAGUGAAUAAUGAUAUCAAUUGUAUGAUUGAUAUUGCUAAAGUUGCUGACAUUGUCCUGAUGCUCAUUGAUGCCACCUUUGGAAUUGAAAUGGAGACUUUUGAGUUUCUUGAAAUCUGCCGAGCUCAUGGAACUCCUCGAGUUAUGGGAGUACUGAAUCACUUGGAUAUGCUCAAAGACAACAAGUCACUUAAAAAGAGGAAAAAAGCUCUCAAACACAGAUUUCAGGUGGAACUUUAUCCUGGAGCAAAACUUUUCUACCUCUCAGGGCUGAUCCAUGAGGAGUAUUUAAAGAAUGAGAUCAAGAACCUUGGCCGGUUUAUAUCUGUCAUGAAGUUUCGGCCACUUGUAUGGCGCACGACUCACCCUUUUGUCAUUGUUGACCGGUAUGAGGACAUCACAAACCCUGAAACCAUUAGGAUAAACCCCAAGUGUGACAGGAAUGUCGUCCUGUAUGGCUACGUGCGGGGCAUCCCCUUCCACCAGGCACAGCCAGUUCACAUCCCAGGCUGUGGAGACUACAAGAUAAAGGACAUCAGCUUUUUGCCUGACCCUUGCCCACUGCCAGACCACUUGAAGAAGAGAGCCUUGAACGCCAAGGAAAGACUGACCUAUGCACCUCUGUCUGGUGUGGGCGGGGUGGUGUAUGACAAAGAUGCAGUGUACAUUGAUCUUGGAGGCUCACAUCAUGGAAAAAAAGGACAAAAGGUAGUCGCUGAGAGUGAGGAUGAGGAUGAUGUGUUCCAACCACUGCUAGACUUGCAGAAGACAACAGAUGAAAAACAAGCCCAGAGUCAGAUACAACUUUUUCCUAACUCUAAACUAAUUGGAAAUGAUGAUCUUAGUGAAGGAGGCAAUCAUAAAGAAGCAAAUGAGGAAGAAUCAAGAUAUCCUUCAUUUGAAACUGUGGUGGAUGGGACUGGAAGAGUUCGAAGAAGAGCUAUUUUCUCUGACACCCUGGAGGAGGAGGAAGAGGAGGAGGAGGAGGAUAGUGAUGAUGAUAUGGACUCUGAUGACAAUGAAAGUGAUGAAAAUGAGGCUGAGGAAGAGGAUGAUCAUGGAAUGGAACCUCCAAGGAAGAAAUCUAAGGGCACAAGAAAUAGUGAUGGCAGUGAUUCUGAGGACUAUGAUUUGGAUGCAGAUCUGCAGGAAAUUCAAGGGAAAGAUGCUGGUCAAGACGGUGCAGUGAAAUCCCUUCCUGGCGACUUAGCUGAAUCCUCAGUGCCAAUCAGAAAGAAAUUAGAACUAAGAAACAAUAACAACAGCUCGGUAACAGCCAAGCUCCAAGGGUUGCUAGAAAAAAUCAAACCAUCAACCGUUCACCAAUCAAAGACAAAAGCAACAGCUGAUGAUGAUGAUGAUGAUGAUGACAGUGAAGAUGAGCAACUUGGUGACACAGAAUGCAGGGAGGGUUCAGAAUUCCAUGGCAAAGAAUCCUCCAAAUCCAAACCACAAAAUGACUCUGACGUAGAUGACAGCGAGAGUGAUGAGGACAAGAUACAAUACCGGAGUGAGAUGUUGAAGCAAGCCAUGUCAGAUUUUUACAAAGGUCAAAGUACAGUGUCAUUUCUAAGAAGAUUCAUAUAUUCAAAUGUUCAAGAAGAUGGAGAGAGUUCGGAUGAAGGAGAGGAUGGUGAGGUUGGUGGACUCUUCCGAAAAGUGACAAAAACAAGACCUGCCAAGCAGUUAACACAGGCUGAUAUUAAUGAAAUGGACACCAGUCGAUUCAUCCCUCUAGUUACCAGAGAUUGGACCAAGGAUGAGAUGCACAACUCUAUCAAAGACUGUUUUGUAACUGGAGAAUGGAAGGAAAGUGAAAAUGCUCAAACUCUUCUCAAAAUGGACGAUGAGGGUGAUCUUUAUGGGGACUUUGAAGACCUUGAAUCUGGAAAAAAGUUCAGUACAGAUUCAAAAGAAGAAAAUAUGGAUGAAGUAGAUGAAGAUACAGUCCCUAAGGUUGAAGAUAAGGAAAAAAGUGCAAAAGAAAAAUUAAUUGAAAAGAAGCGACGACUCAAAGAAAUGUUUGAUGCAGAGUAUGAUGAAAAGGGUAAUGGUGAUCACUUUGACUCACUGAAAACAGAAAUGAGUCAACAAGCACAGUUAAACCGAGCUGAAUUUGAGGGCCUGGAUGAUGAAACAAGGGUCCAGUAUGAAGGCUUCCGGCCAGGCAUGUAUGUACGCAUGGAGUUCAGUGACUUCCCGUGUGAGUUCAUCACCAACUUCAACGCCACUUACCCAGUCAUUGUGGGAGGACUGUUGGAGAAUGAGAGCAACAUGGGAUUUAUCCGAGUAAGGAUUAAGGUACAUCGUUGGUAUCCCAAGAUUCUCAAGAACAGAGAUCCAUUGAUUCUUUCACUCGGAUGGCGUCGCUUCCAAACCCUUAUGUAUUAUGCCAAGAGGGAGGACAACUUCAGAAUGCGAUCCCUCAAAUAUGCCCGCAAAUACAUGCAUGUGGAAGCAAUGUGCUGGGGACCAGUUACUGUGGUUAAUACAGGAUUUGUUGCCCUCCAGAACAUCACAGACAGAGUGCCUGAAUUCCGUAUUGCCGCAAAUGGUGUUGUCCUAGAAACAGACCAGAGCAGCAAGAUAGUCAAGAAGCUCAAGUUGAUGGGCACUCCUGACAAAAUUUUGAAGAAGACAGCUUUCAUCAAGGACAUGUUUCAUUCAGAUACUGAAAUUGCCAAGUUUGAAGGAGCAAAAAUUGAAACCCAGUCAGGUAUUCGGGGAAUCAUCAAGAAAUUCAGUGGAAACAAAGGGCAUUUCCGUGCUACUUUUGAAGAUGCAAUAAAAAUGAGUGAUGUGAUUAUCCUGAAGACAUGGGUCCCCCUGGAGAUGGCAACACACUGUUUCCCGGUCCGCACACUGCUGCUCCCACCCAGUGAGAAGGCAGCUUGGCAGGGCAUGAAGACCCUUGCCCAAGUGAAGAAGAGCAAGGGCAUUAAGAAUCUUGCAAAUCCCGAUUCAUUGUACACACCAAUCACUCAGCGGCGUGAGUAUGUGCCGCUUCCCCUGAAAGUCCCCAGAGAACUCCAGAAAGCCUUGCCAUACAGUGAGAAGCCAAAGAUCACGCCUAAGAGUGUCCAGGAGCAAAGGGUCUUAGUUGUGAAAGAUCCCAAGGAAAUGCAGAUGGACAUGUUUAUGAAACGGUUGAAGACAAUGAUGGAAGACAAGAUCCACAAGGAAGAAAGAGAGAAAGAAAAACUAAGAAAGAAAUUCCAGAAGGACAUUGAUGAGCGGGAACACAUGCGACAAGUUAGAGAGAAGCGCAAGAAGGCCGUUGCCUGCAGAUUCAAGAGCAAAAAGAAUGGGAAGAAAAGCAUUGUUUGAAACUAAUAGAGCACAUGUUUUAUACUGGUCUUGUACAUGUGAAAAAACAAACAGGCAUUGUUAUACAUAAAGUGUUUUAACUAAGAA